AGAAUCAACAAACACAGCAAAACACAAGAAGCAUGAGGACGAAGAUGAGGAUAAGACAGUAGAGGUAGAAGACGAAGAAGUUGAGAAUGAGGAGGAGGCAAUGAAUGGGAACGAGGGAGAGGGGAAAAAUGAGGCAACGGAGAAGGAAGAGGUGGUGGAAAAAUACGCACGUGUAACGAAUACGGAGACAGCCCAACUGUACACGCUCUACGAACAACCAUCGUAUUGUGUCAUAUUCGCGGAUUGGCUUGGUCGGGCACGUGGUGGAAUUGAAAUCCACGUGUGCCAGACUCUUAAGCGGCCCGUGCCCCUGCAACACUACAUCUACACGGGCCGUGACAGGCGAACCCGCAAUAACCUAUACCUCGUUGUGAACAAGGAGGGAAAAUUUAUGCGUAAAGGUCAGUGA